AAUGGAAUAUCGAAGAUUAGGAGCAACAGGUCUUAAAGUAUCUGCCAUUAGUUAUGGAAAUUGGGUAAAUUCUGAUGAUUAAGCUACCCAAGACAGAAAUACUCAAAUCAUAUAGAAAGCAUGGGAAUUAGGAAUCAACUUCUUUGAUACUGCAGAAGUUUAUGGAGAGGGCAAAGCAGAGAUACACUUAGGACAUGCACUUAAAACUCUAAAUGUUCAAAGAUAAGAUAUUGUUAUAAGUACUAAAAUUUUUGGAGGAGAUGGAAAUGAUUUUCCAAAUUCCAAAUAUUUAUCCAGAAAACAUAUCAUUGAAGGUAUUGAUUUUUAUUCAAUAUUAGGCUUGAGAAACUCUUUAAAAAGAUUGGAUACUCCAUAUGUUGAUAUUGUUUUUGCUCAUAGAUAUGAUUAUUCAACACCAUUAGAAGAAACUUGUAGAGCAUUUGAUUGGGUUAUCAGACAUGGUUUAGCUCAUUAUUGGGGAACAAGUGAAUGGACAGCUUAAUAAAUUCAUUAAGCUAUUGGUAUUAUUAUUAUUUAUUAAAUUUAGGUAUCUGUGAUAAAUUGUCAUUACAUAAACCAGUUGUUGAAUAACCAUAAUAUAAUAUGAUGGUUAGAGAUAGAUUUGAAUGGGAAUAUGAAAGUGUAUUUGCUGCUGGAUAUGGAUCCACUAUCUGGUCUCCAUUGUAUUAAGGAUUGUUGACUGGUAAAUACAAUGAAGACAUUUUGGCUGAUGGAAGAUUUAAGAAUUCUGAUAAUGUAUAUGUUAAACUCUUUUAUCAAUAAAUAUUAGGUGAUCCUGAAAGUAUAUUAUAUAUUAAUAAUUAAAUAGAAAGAACUAAAAUAUAAAAUUAAUUAAAACAAUUAGGUGAAAUAGCAAAAGAGUUGGGAGUCACAUAAGCUUAAUUAUCUCUUGCAUGGGCACUUAAAAACAAGGAUGUAAGUACCGCCAUUACAUCAGCCACUAAACCUGAAUAAUUAGAAGAGACUGUGAAAUCUGUUCAAGUUAUUAAGUUGAUCACCAAAGAAGUUGAAUAAAAGAUAGAAUCUAUUCUUUCAAAUAAACCUACAACAUCCUUAAACUUUAAGUAGAUGGCACCUUAUCCAACAAGAAGAGAUUUAUACAUUUGAU